AUGCCAGCGCAGUCUGAGGUUGCUCCCUAUCUGCAUUUGCUUUCCAACUUCGCAUUUCCUUUACACGUGGUCUUAUUGAAAGAUGACAGGGUCAUUCACCUUGCCAAACUUAAAGGCUCAACUGGCUGUUUGAGCUCGCCAGUUUUGGACGGGCGAAAGUGGCGUGGAGGCACCAAACUGGUCACCACCACCAGCUUACUGUGGGGCCCUGGCUUUCCAGUUUUAGUCCGCGAGCAGUUGACGGACAUCCUACAUGAUUCACAAGAAGCUCAAGACCUGACCAGAGAUCCUGGAUCACGAGUUGCGGAUUGGAUCAAGUAA